AGCACCAAAAAAACCUUUGAAGAUUUUAAAAAGAUCAAAGAUUUUACAAGCUAAACAAACGAAGGUAAAAUUAAUGGACGAUAAACUGAAAAUUUAUGGGAUUCGUUGUUCAUUGGACUAUUAUUAAAGUCGAUUUUUGCACUGGAAAAGUCGUCGAAGCAAGAGUAGAAUAAUGGAAUAAAUUCGUUUAGAAUUGGGAACUCAAACAGCAAUAGAAUGGGAAUGAUGUUCUAGAUUUGUUCGUAAACAGCUUGUAUGUUAUCUGUGUUGUUUCUGAUUCAAAUACUCGCCUUGUUUUGACUACGAGAAGACGUAAACAAGACAAAAGGAACUAGGCAAGGAAAACAAAAAACAAAUAUGGCUUCUUCAGUCGACGAGAAUUCACUUAUUCGACCAAGCCAUUCAACUUUACAGUUUCAGCUGAUUAAGACAAUGAUAUUGUCUAGCUGUCUGAGUAGUUUUAUUACUAUCGUUAUUAUAUCAUUUCUACUUCGUAAUACUGCAUUCAUAAACAUAUACUUAAACAGUUCGGAUUCCAAACAGACUGAAGACUCAGUGGAUAUUUCUCGACGUUCUUACUCCAAUGAAGCCACGUUAAUUUUGCUAAAACAUGGAGUUAAGAAAGAAGCUGUUUGCCUUGAUGGUUCUCCCCCUGGAUAUUACUUCAGAGAAGGUUAUUUCGGGGGGCAAGACAACUGGAUAAUUCACUUCUUUGGGGGAGCUUGGUGCUUCGACGAGGAGGCUUGCCUUCAAAGAAGCAAGACCGUCUUAGGUUCUUCGAAGUUUUUUCCACCACAUCCUCCGAAACUCCAGGGGAUUCUAUCCAGUGACCCGGAGACAAAUCCGGACUUCUACAACUGGAAUUUAGUUAUGCUGUGUUAUUGCGAUGGAGCCUCUUUCUCUGGGUACAGAUUAGACCCGGUUGAAGUUAAUGGCGAGUAUAUUUAUAUGAGAGGACGAAGAAUUCUUGAAGUUAUUCUUGAACAACUGCUACAGAGCAAGUUUCGAAAUUCGCGCCGUGUUUUGUUAACAGGCACAUCGGCGGGAGGAAUGGCCGUCGUUAUACAUUCCGACUUUAUCCGAAGUAAACUUCCCAUUACGACGGACGUCCGAGCGGUUUCCGAUGCGGGUUACUUUGUCGAUGUACCAUCGAUUAACGGAGGAAACAUCAUUAAUAGGCAUUUUAAGAAAAUGUUUGAAAUUCAUAAUUCUGCCAUUGGUGUAAAUGAGGAUUGUGUUCGGGCUGCGGUGCCGAAAUAUCGAUGGAAAUGCCUGUUUCCGCAGCAUACAUUCAGGUUUCUUCGCACGCCUUUAUUUGUGUUGCAGUCGGCUUACGACGCAUGGCAAAUGAUUCACAUCCGGGGAAUUAACUGCGAAGUCCCCGAUUAUGAUAUGUUCAGGAAAAAACGUACCAUUAACRAGCGAGGGAUUUCAUCUGGUCACGCGGAACACAUUUGGGCGUACAAACAUAUACACGGUAUCUACUGUAAACCUCCAGAGUGUACGCAAAGAGAGCUACAAGGUUUAAUGCAGUUUCGCAACUUAACCCUACAUGCAUUGCGGCCCGUUCUGCGAUCCCGUUUUUCGGGUUUAGUUUUGACGUCAUGUAUGGAGCAUUCUCAGAGUCUAUACGACGAUACGUGGAACAAGAUUUACGUUGGUGGAGUUAGUAUUCAAGAGGCUGUGGGGAACUGGGCGCUUUCUCGGACGCGAUCUCAUUUUCAUGUGGACUGUCCCUUCCCGUGCAAUCCAACUUGUUCUCAUGUAUGGUAAGGGAAAUAUGCUUUUUGCGUAACAACGCGCUCGAGGAAGGAAGUCCUUUGGCAGAAUCAUGCUUUAUCAUUCAGCACUGAGAUGUGGACCUCAGAAGCUACCACGUUACAGACCAAUUAAAAUGGGGAAUCUAGAGGGAGUUAAGAUUACACAUAAUCUUUCUGGAUUUAUCCCAGUAAGACGCCAAUAGCGCAGCCAUAGUCGCAAGGUCGUGGAGAAUGCGCGCGCGCGUUUUGGCGCGAAAGUGAGUUCCCGCCUUACAUGCAUGUAUGCAUUUAUCCUUCUGGCAUAGCAAAGAAGCAAAAUCUUACUUUAAAAGUAUUCG